UUCUCCGUCGUUUCCCGUGACCGGAUCUCGUAUCCCUUCGUACCACCAUCACCUCACGCCUUUUUUUAUGAAUGACGCGCACUUAUCCCCUCCCCCAAGUCACCGCCGGAGAAGCGAAGCGCCCUUGAGCUCGAUCGAACUCCGCGAAGAAGAAGAUUCGGAUUGAUGGCGAACAUCGACAUCGAGGGGAUCUUGAAGGAUCUGCCGGAUGAUGGGCGAGUGCCGAAGACGAAGAUAGUGUGCACGCUGGGGCCGGCCUCGAGGUCGGUGCCGAUGCUGGAGAAGUUGCUGAAAGCCGGCAUGAACGUUGCCAGGUUCAAUUUCUCGCACGGGACGCACGAGUACCACCAGGAAACCCUCGACAACCUCCUGAUCGCCAUGCAUAACACUCAGAUCUUGUGCGCCGUCAUGCUUGACACCAAGGGCCCUGAGAUUCGCACUGGCUUCUUGAAAGAUGGCAAACCUAUCAAACUCACGGAGGGGCAAGAAAUUACAAUCACUACUGAUUACACCAUCAAGGGGGACGAGAAGAUGAUCUCUAUGAGUUACAAAAAGCUUCCUAUUGAUUUGAAACCUGGGAACAUAAUAUUAUGCUCUGAUGGUACCAUAACCUUGAAUGUCUUAUCAUGUGACCCGGAGGCCGGAACUGUGAGAUGUCUCUGUCAGAACACAGCAACCCUUGGCGAGAGGAAGAAUGUCAAUCUUCCAGGUGUUGUGGUUGAUCUCCCAACACUAACAGAGAAAGAUAAGGAAGACAUUAUGGACUGGGGUGUUCCAAACAACAUUGAUAUGAUUGCAGUAUCAUUUGUUCGCAAGGGAUCAGAUCUCGUUACCGUUCGGCAGUUCCUUGGGCCACACGCAAAGCAAAUAAAGCUGAUGUCAAAGGUUGAGAACCAGGAAGGUGUUAUAAACUUUGACGAGAUCUUGAAGGAGACUGAUUCUUUCAUGGUUGCUCGAGGUGAUCUUGGAAUGGAGAUACCUGUUGAGAAAAUUUUCCUUGCGCAAAAGAUGAUGAUAUACAAAUGCAAUCUCCUCGGCAAGCCUGUAGUUACUGCCACCCAAAUGCUAGAGUCAAUGAUAAAAUCCCCUCGCCCAACCCGUGCCGAAGCUACAGAUGUAGCAAAUGCUGUUCUAGAUGGAACAGACUGUGUCAUGCUAAGCGGUGAAAGUGCAGCCGGUGCCUACCCAGAGAUGGCGGUGAAGAUCAUGCGACGUAUAUGCAUUGAGGCCGAGUCCUCUCUCGAUUAUGAGGCCAUUUUCAAGGAGAUGAUACGAUCUACUCCUCUUCCCAUGAGCCCACUGGAGAGUCUAGCAUCAUCCGCUGUCCAAACUGCAAGCAAGGCGAAGGCCACAUUGAUUGUGGUCUUGACCCGUGGCGGGACAACAGCUAAGUUGGUGGCUAAAUAUCGGCCCCGAGUACCAAUCCUAUCAGUCGUGGUCCCAGUGCUGACCACAGACUCAUUCGACUGGUCUGUCAGCGAUGAGUCACCUGCAAGGCAAAGCCUGAUUUACAGAGGUUUAGUUCCCCUGUUGGCAGAGGGUUCUGCCAAGGCCACUGAUUCUGAAUCAACAGAGGUUAUCCUUCAGGCAGCACUGAAGUCUGCGGUGGAGAGGCAGCUCUGCAAACCAGGUGAUUCUGUUAUUGCAAUUCAUCGUAUCGGCAUUGCCUCUGUCGUAAAGAUCUGCAUCGUGAAGUGAUUGGUAAAUUGAUGAGAUCGGUCCUGCUUAUUUAUGCCUUUCCUGGUUUGUUAUCUCAUGCUAUGUUAUGUUAGUUUCAAUGAGAAUCGUCGACAAAUUGUAUUACAUUAGGAGCUGAACUAGAAACUGAGCUCCAUUCUUUUGUUAAAUUGUUUGUCGUCGUCGUCAUUGUAAUAUGAUUUAAAACCACGAAUGUGUUUCCAGCCAGUCAUUUGAUAGGCAGAAACAUGGAUUUUGCCUUCAGUUUGCUGACGUUAUUUUGAAUAAAGAUGUUUUCAUGGCUUGCGUGCUUCUA